GGGUGUGCCAGCAUGCACGUGCCAUCGUCCAUCGCGAUUCUUCUGCUACACCUAGUCUCGAUCGCGGCCCGUCCGAGUCAUUCGGAGGUCGUGUAUCGAUCAGACGCGUCGAAGAAAUGCUGCGUCGCCGGUUACGCGUUCAACGAAGACCUAGAAUGUGUCUACGAGGAACCGGACAAGUUCAACUACACCACGCACGAUGCCUGGCGAACAAUCGCCCAACAUCCGCGGCAGAUUACCACAUUGAUCACGUCCGUGCAGGGCUUGAACUGCCGCGAUAACGAGGAGAAUGACUCCAAUUCGCAACAUCAUCCAUACGACCUCCCUCGCAUUUAUUCCAUCUUUCGCGCGCCGAGGGACUAUUGUAUCGAAAACAUGAUCAACGGUACGACGGUGCUGAUCAAAUGCGCGGAGACCGGAGUCUCAGAAGCGACUCGGGACAGAGAGAAUUCGACGGAGACGACAGUGGUAAUGAAAACCACGACAACGACGACGACGACGAUCAUUACCGUGACGACCAUCACCACCGUCACCACCGUCAGUAUGACGAAUGUAUCGUCAAAGGAGAAUGAAACGCAGACUGUUCAUCAUUGCAGCGAUCUGAGGAAUGUGUUCUACUGGGGCACUCAGACUUACAUGGACACCAACGUGGCCCACGUUGUCCUCACCAUCAUCGUCGUCGUGGUAUACCUGUCCGUUCCGCAACUCGCCAGGAGCAUCUACAAUCGUGCGGUACUCCGCCACAACGUCUGCCUGCUACUGCAGGGGUCUUUGCUGACGUUUCUCGGCUACUGUAACUUGUGCGGCAUCUCGAUGAGCGACAACUUGGAAACAUUCUUGUGGAUACUAAUGCAGUACUUCACGAACGCCACGGUAUUCUGGUUGAAUGUGAUCUGCUUCGACAUGGCACUGUCCAUUACGCGGUUUCGCUGGAUGAUAAGCUCGGGUAAGCAGACGAAUCAAGAGAACAGGCGACUCCGGCUGUACGGAGUUUUCGUGUGGGGCGGCGCCUUCCUACCCGCCGUCGUCGCCAUCAUCUUGGAAUUUUGCCCUGGCAUCCCGGAGGACCUACCGUUUAAGCCGAAUUACCGCCGUUAUCAUGAUGGGCCGAACUACGUGGUGAACUUAUAUUUCUUCGGCCUACCCAUGCUGACGCUCUUCCUGAACAAUGUGCUAUUUGUGUUUACCACGUACAAGAUUAUACGAAUACAACAAAGCACAGAGAUAGCGACGAGGAAUCAGUCCAACGCUCUUAGGAAAAAGUACUUCCUCUUCUUGCAGCUGUACUUGCUGAUGGGCGCGCCAUGGUUUUUCGGCUUGCUCUUCGCUUGCAUGAACAAGCUCGUGGUGAUGAAGAUAUGCCGGCUAAUAUGGCCGAUUCUAUGGCUUUUGAUGUUCGCUACCCACAAGAAACAACGACGGAAACUCGUCAAUUUGUUGAUGUUGCGAUGCGUCAAGAAGAAGCCUGAGAUUAUCGCAAUCUCGUAGAAGCAAACCAAUGACUUUGCGCGAUUUACAAUUGACUUGGACCGUCGAAAAAGUACAUGCGUGAUGGAUCGAGUUCUUAUCAACCGCAACCGCAGCGUGGAAAAUCAUGGGAUACUCCUUCUAUUGUCAUGCAACGGUUACGUAAUCGUGCGGCGACGAUAGUUCCUCCUGCUAGUUCGCGCAAAUUGUGCGCUCGCGGGCAUUUGCAUUAUUUUCUUGCGCAACCCGCAGAAAACCCCCAUCUCGAGGAAAAGAAGGAAUAAAAAAAUCCACAAUGUUGGCUGCCGCCGCAAUAUCCGAUGCCGCGAACUGAGCGAUGAGUCGCAGAAAAACUCGGGUACGUGGCGUCGUCGCGCGGUAGGAUAAUAAAAGAGUCGUGGCGCGACGUCGUUUCCUGCCGGGGCAUUUUAAUUACCGUAUUCGCUACGCGCCAUCACUCGCCCCCGCGCGCUCGUAUUAUCUUUUUUGUUUUACAACGUGUAGAAUA